AUGGAUGCUGAGGCCACUGCAACGGCCAAACUGGCUGUGCUGAUCGAUGCAGACAAUGCGCAGCCCAAGAUAGCGAGUCUGGUGCUUGCCGAGAUCGCCAAGUACGGCACUGCCUUUGUGAAACGGGCUUAUGGUGAUUGGACCACCAGCAACUUGAACGGCUGGAAGGAGCAACUUCUCUCCAACUCGAUCCAGCCUAUCCAGCAGUUUGGCUAUACGCAGGGCAAGAACUCCACCGACGCCGCCAUGGUCAUUGACGCCAUGGACCUCCUGUAUACCAACAGAUUUGACGGCUUUUGUAUCGUCUCGAGCGACAGUGACUUCACUCGCCUGGCCUCGCGAAUCCGUGAGUCUGGUCUGGUCGUCUACGGCUUUGGGGAGCGUAAGACACCCAAGCCUCUAGUCACCGCUUGUGACAAGUUUAUCUAUACCGAAAACCUCUCCGCGGAUCUUAGAACUGCCCCGGCCCUUCCACCUAGCGCUGCCCCUGGAGAUCUCAUUAGUCGAGAUCUCAUGAGCCGAGACCUCACAACCCAAGACCUCAUAUCCCGCAAGCGCCCUCACAACGCGAUCUCGAAGAAGGACCCGGAGGAUCUGGACUCAGAAAGAAGCUUCAUAUAUAAGGCCAUAGAAGCUGAAUCUGAUGACGAAGGCUGGGCCUCGCUCGCUCAAGUUGGAGGUUUGAUCAAUAAGCGGCAUCCUGACUUCGAUCCUCGUAGCUUUGGUUACCUAAAGCUCAGCCACCUUCUCCAGGACGAUCCUGCAGUGGAAACGAAGAAAAGCAUCCCUGGAGUAGGAAAGCCCCCAGUUGUGUUUGUACGUAUGUUAAGACUGCUCUAG